UAGAAGGUUGGAGGAAGGAGUGCAAGAAGAAGCUCCCAAGUUGGACUAGCUCCACAAGGAGUUCAAGUUCUUAAAGAUGCUCAAGUGUCUUCCCAAGGUGAUCAAGUCCCUAUUGGAGGUGAAGGUAAUGAUGUUCCGAUGGUUCCCUUGGACAUGACAUCAAAUGAGAAGAUUAGAGAAGCUCUACUUGCUUUAGCUCGAGCCAUGAACACUCACGUGACUAGAGACAUUAGGCCUAGGAUGAAUGCUUUGGAGAGUACCAUGAAUUCUAGAUUGAUAGACUUUGUGAGGAUGAAUCCUCCUAUCUUUCUUGUCUCUAAGGUUGGAGAAGAUCCUCAAUAAUUUCUUGAUGUUGUGACAAAGUGUUGAAUGUCAUGGGGGUGACUUCUAGGGAGAAGGCGGGAUUAGUUUAGUACCAAUUGAGGUAUGUUUCUCAAGUGUGUUACACUUAAUGGAAAGAUAAUAGGUCGGUUGAGUCGGGUUACAUAGAGUGGGAAGAGUUUAAGGAGGCUUUCUUAGAAAAGUACUUUCCCCAUGAGAAGAGGGAGGUAAAGGUUGAAGAGUUCAUUAACAUUAAGAAAGGUAGUAUGAGUGUUGAGAAGUAUUCCUUGAAGUUCAUCAUAUUGUCUAGAUAUGCUCCAUCCUUGGUGUCUAACCCUAGGGAUGAGAUGAUUAGGUUUGUGAUCGGUGUUGCCGACCUUAUGAAAGAAGAUUGUCGUACAGCCAUGCUCCACAAUGACAUGAACUUGUCUAGGCUCUUGGUGUAUUCUCAAUCCAUUGAAGAGUCCAAACUUAGUAGUAUCUCAAGGAAUUUUAAUAGGAAUGGAUCCAAUGAUCAAAACCAAUCUAGGUUUAAGAAGAGGGCUCCAAACCAUGAUGGACCUAGUGCUCCUAAGGUCAAACUUGAGAAGGGUAGUGGUUCUAAAAAUGGUAAGCCUACUUGUGUUACUUGUGGGAAGAAGCACUAUGGGAAGUGUCUAGUCGGUACAGGGAGUUGCUUUGGUUGUGGUAAGGAUGGACAUAAGGUGAGGGAUUACCCUAGUGUUUCUACUAUAGGAAAAGACGGAAAGAAAGAUCCUCCUAGUGCUUCUAAAUUUGAUGUUCCAAGGAGGAAUCGCUUCAAUUCUCUUCGGUCAAAAGGAUCAAAGCCGGAUGAUGAAGAUGAUAUUGUGUGGAUAGCAGGUGAUUGGUAUCUUGAAGUAAGGCUUGGAAUUAGGACUCUUUCAAGAAAAGUUGAAGUAUGUCCUCACUUGACUCGAGGACAUAACUAUCUUUAGUUUUCAUUUGAAUAAAAGUAUUGUAACAGACUAAGUUUCUAUAUUUCGAUUGUAUGUGCCGUGUCCUAAGUAUUUUUGAGUCUAAGAUUGACAUAU